GAAUAUAUACCCCAUAUAUAAGAUCUCUAGCACAAAAAAAUCAGUUGCCUGAAAUGCUGUGGUGUUAGAAUUAAUUUUAAUGACAGAAUGUACAGUACAACAGGAAGUGAUGUUCUUUUCAACCAAGAAAGUAUUUUGGCCUUGUUGAAAGGUGUUCCAGCUUGUACACAACAGAGCUUUUGAUGUAUUUCUUCUCCUGUAGGCCGACGAUAUGAUGGCAGUGUGAAGCCAAAACUUAAUUUACAACAAGUAGCAAUUACACAGGUAUGGAGGUACCAGGAAACUGGAUUAUUGUGAAUUAUAAUGGAAGCAACAAAGAGAUUUCAGAAAGAGAGUUUGUCAUCCACACUCACUACAGCCCUCUUAAUGUGACCGUCAAUGGAAGCCCCUGUAUUCUUUUCUGGGCCAGAAGGAUCAUGAUUAGAUUCCAGAAUCACACCCAGCUGGACCUAACAGACAAGACAUUUGGUGUCCAUGCAACUGUGAAUGUUGCGGAUUCAAACUGCAGUGCAGAAAAUGCAAUGCUUUCGCUUAAUUUUGGUGACAUUGACAAUUUGAAGGGAUUUGUCAUCAGAUUCAUACUGAGCAACAGUUAUUACAAGCUGUCCAUUCAAAACUGGUUUACCUUACAUAGAAUCCAGCUCAUUUACAACCAUUCUGUACAGGCAACGUUUAAUGCGACCCGAAUCCAUGCACCAGCGAGCUACUCCUAUCACUGUGAACAUGUUAGUAACUUGCAGAGGUACAAUGCGCUCCUGACGCCCAGCUCCACAAAUGAUGCAGCCAAGCUCUGGGAAGUUACUUUUAUUGACUUUCAGAUCCAAGGAUUCAACAUUGAAGACGGGCAGUUUGCUUAUGCCAAAGACUGUGCAUCCUUGUUCCCGCCAGCCAUUCUGAUGGGCUUGGUGAUGUCUCUGAUUUUGCUUCUUGUUCUGGCCUAUGCUCUCCACAUGCUGAUACACUUGAAAUCUCUUGACAGACAUUAUGAAUGCAAAGGUUCUCCUGCUUAUUUCCCAAAGAUGAAAGAUACUGAUACAGCAGAUGAAAAAGAACCACUGAGAAAUAAUGGGAUUGAAGCAUAUGAACUUAGAAGUCAACAGUACUCUAAAAUCUAUAUUUAGCAGUUGUCUUUGUUUUCCAUGGUUAGGCAACAAACUUCUGAGGAACUUUUGCAUUCUGUGGGCUCAUGAUAGAAUUUUGAGCACCUCAACUUUGAUUUCAAACAAGUUUUCAAGUCCUCAUGAUUGUGGAGAAAAAUGUGGAAGUGCUACAACAGUGUAUGUCCUAAUUUCUCAGAAAUUCAGAAGCAAAUCAAAAUAACACUCAUUGAUACUGCGUUUCCAAUAUCUUAAGUCAAGAGUAUGUUUUUAGAAGUGGCUGCCUCAUGGUCAGGAACAUUUUUCAGUCAUAUUAGAUGUGCAGGAUGCUAGAUUCUCAGCUAAUGCAGCUAACAAGAUAGGAAGUUAUUACACUUCAAA